CACUGCCUGAGUGAGCGCGCGGGCGGCUUCCGGUGUGAGUGACGAGUGGUGGCCGAAGUAGAGGGACAGCAGGGGACGUUCAGGCAGGGACGAUGGCGGACGGCGGUUCGGAGCGGGCUGAUGGGCGCAUCGUGAAGAUGGAGGUGGACUACAGCGCCACGGUGGACCAGCGUCUGCCCGAGUGCGAGAAGCUGGCCAAGGAAGGAAGACUUCAAGAAGUCAUUGAAACCCUUCUCUCUUUAGAAAAACAGACCCGUACUGCUUCAGAUAUGGUGUCUACGUCCCGGAUAUUAGUUGCAGUAGUGAAGAUGUGCUAUGAGGCUAAAGAAUGGGAUUUACUUAACGAAAAUAUUAUGCUUUUGUCAAAAAGGAGGAGUCAGUUAAAACAAGCUGUUGCAAAAAUGGUUCAGCAGUGCUGUACUUACGUUGAGGAAAUCACAGACCUCCCAGUCAAGCUUCGGUUGAUUGAUACACUGCGAAUGGUUACAGAAGGAAAGAUUUACGUUGAAAUUGAGCGUGCUCGACUGACUAAAACAUUAGCAACCAUAAAAGAACAAAAUGGCGACGUCAAAGAAGCAGCCUCCAUCUUACAAGAGUUGCAGGUGGAGACCUACGGGUCCAUGGAAAAGAAGGAGCGAGUGGAGUUUAUCCUGGAGCAGAUGCGGCUGUGCCUGGCUGUGAAGGAUUACAUUCGGACACAGAUCAUCAGCAAGAAGAUUAAUACCAAGUUUUUCCAGGAAGAAAACACAGAGAAAUUAAAGUUGAAAUACUAUAAUUUAAUGAUUCAGCUGGAUCAGCAUGAGGGAUCCUACCUGUCCAUUUGUAAGCACUACAGAGCAAUCUAUGACACUCCGUGUAUACAGGCAGAAAGUGAAAAGUGGCAACAGGCUCUGAAAAGUGUUGUUCUCUACGUUAUCCUGGCUCCUUUUGACAAUGAACAGUCAGAUUUGGUUCACCGAAUAAGUGCUGAUAAGAAGUUAGAAGAAAUUCCCAAGUACAAGGAUCUCCUAAAGCUAUUCACCACCAUGGAGUUGAUGCGCUGGUCCACACUUGUGGAGGACUACGGAAUGGAAUUAAGGAAAGGCUCCCUCGAGAGUCCUGCGACAGAUGUUUUUGCCUCAACAGAAGAUGGUGAAAAGAGGUGGAAAGAUUUGAAGAACAGAGUUGUUGAACAUAACAUCAGAAUCAUGGCCAAGUACUACACGCGGAUCACGGUGAAGAGGAUGGCACAGCUUCUGGACCUGCCUGCUGGCGAUUCAGAAGCUUUUCUGUCAAAUCUGGUAGUUAACAAGACCAUCUUUGCUAAAGUUGACCGGUUGGCAGGAAUUAUCAACUUCCAGAGACCCAAGGAUCCAAAUAAUUUAUUGAAUGACUGGUCUCAGAAACUGAACUCAUUGAUGUCUCUAGUUAACAAAACCACACACCUCAUAGCCAAAGAGGAGAUGAUACAUAAUCUACAAUAAGGGUCUUAAUGCUUUUAAAAGGAGAGAAAAUAGGAA